UAUCCCGUUCUCUACGGGGAAGGAAAAUCAUAGUGAUGGAAAGUUUUCUUUUUUUAAGGUUAUUUUAUAUAUUUAUUUAUUUAUUUAUGAGUGAUUGAGUUUUGACUAGAUAGAGAAAUACCUUGUGUUCUUCUUCGUCUCUUAGUGUCAUUUUCCAAGAUAUACUCUCGAGGUGUGCGAACCAAAACCCAUUGCCUUUCAAUGCACUUUCAAGAUUUCAAUUUUCUUUUUUCUAUAUAUUUAUUUAAUUAUUUUUAUUUCCCUUCUUCUUCCUUGCCUAACAACACAAAUCCCUCCCCCUCUUUAUCUCUUGUUCUCUAUCUACCUUUCACACGCACUCUCUCUCUCUCGUUCUUUCUUGAGCAUGUUGGUUUGCUGAUGAAGAUUUAAAGACACUUCUCUUUGCUUCAUCUCUCUCUUUCUUUCUUUAAGUCUUUAAAGUAGAAAUUCAUCUGUGGUGUGUUCUUUCCAAGCUUUUUAUCUAUCUGGUGUCAAAGCUGGCCACAUCUCCAUCUCUCUAGCUAGCUAGCUCUUACAUGUAUUGUCAAGGAGAAGGAAGAGAUCAGAAAAGGGAUUAAAGACACACACUCUUCACUAUGCUUGCCCUUUUUUGCUUUGCUUCCAAGCAAGCUAGCUAGCUUACAUUAGCAAGAGGAAAAGGCCACUAGCUUGUAAAGAAAAUGCCCUUAGAAGGGGUUUUCAUUGAACCCUCUUCAAACCCAGUUCCUGAUCUUUCUUUACACAUUAGUCCUCCAAAUAUUUCCUCUCCUUCUUCACUAUGUAACAAGAAGAACAAUAACAUUAGCAAUAAAGUGGAUGCAAGCUUCAAUCUUUUGGGCAGACAAGAAGCCACUCAUAAGCCCAACACAGUUAGCUCCAUGAGAAGUGAUUCUCAAGCUUAUAUAGAGCUCUCUCUAGCGCAUCCAACAACUGGCCUUGAUGAAGAAAGUAGAAGAAGUAGAAGAAAUCUAUCAAGUUCAAGAGCUGUAGAGCUACCUCACCUCAACCCUUAUCAUCAACAAAGUCAUAAUCAUCAUCAGCAGCAGCAUCUUCACCAUUCUAAUAGUACCACUCAUCACUUGAAUCAUAUAAAUCAUGGGGUUUCUCUGCUUGAAGUAUCAGAUGGUUUGAGACCAAUUAAAGGAAUUCCAGUUUAUCACAACCGCUCAUUUCCUUUUACGCCUUUAGAGCAUUCAUCAAGAGAGAAUAAAGAUCCCAAGAUGUGCUUCUACCAAAUGCCCUACCCUUCUUCCUCGUUUUUCCCUCCUGUUAAUCCUCACUCUUCUUCUUCCACUUCCUUACCUUAUAGUAUUGGAGGAGGAGGUUUAGAUCCCAUGUCCAUGUUAAACUCAUCAGGACCUAAUCAAGCUUUUCCAGGUCCUUACAAUAGAUUAGCACCAACAACAAGAUUCAAUGGGCUGUCAAUGGAUGCUUUCAAAUCCCACCAAUUGCACCACCAGCACCACCACCACCAUAAUCAAUAUGGAGUUGGAUCUACUGAAGGUUCUCCUCAUGGGUUGAUUAGAUCAAGAUUCUUUCCAAAGCUUCCAACAAAGAGGAGCAUGAGAGCACCGAGAAUGAGAUGGACUAGCACUCUUCAUGCUAGAUUUGUUCAUGCUGUUGAGCUUCUUGGAGGCCAUGAAAGAGCUACUCCAAAGUCAGUUCUUGAACUCAUGGAUGUCAAAGAUCUCACAUUAGCUCAUGUCAAGAGCCAUUUACAGAUGUAUAGAACUGUCAAGACCACUGACAAGCCUGCAUCCUCUUCAGAUGGAUCUGGAGAAGAAGACAUGUCUCCAAUUGGAAGUUAUAGUACUGCAAAUGAGCGGGGUGGGCUGCAAAGAGGAGUACAAUCAGAUGGGUCACCUGUACAACAAGACAUGGACUACCCUUCUUCUACUACUACUACAACUCUAUGGAGUAACUCUUCGAGUGGUAGGGAAGCAUGGCCGCAAACAAACUCCAAUGACAUGGAUGGGCACAGACAAGGAACGUUCCAGUCACAACAAAAAUCUGGACAACUCAUGGAGGAAAGCGGUUCGACUCGGCCGAAAAGCUACUUGGGGUCUAGUUUGGAUUGCAAGAACCCCAGCUUGGAGUUCACAUUAGGUAGACCAGAUUGGCCGGGGAAAGAACAUUGCUGAUCAUGCAUAAACAAUUGCUAUAUACCAUGGUUGUCUUCCUUUUUUCCUUAUAUUGAGUUCCGUGAGUAAAAUUUCAUGGUCUUCAUGAAUGAGAGGGAAGGCAUAGAUACAUAAUUAUUAGUUCUAGUUCUGUGCCAUUUUAAGUCUUUUUUGCUUGAAGAAAAUGUGUGUUUUGUGGAAACAAACAAGAAACCAGGAGGAUAAGCAAUGAGAGAAAUGGGAGAAAGGGGAAGUAGGAGUACUUACUGCUAAUUAAUUCA